GUAGCCUUGGUAGUUUUUCAGCCCUGGCACGGAUGCAAAACAAUAAAAGUUUGGGGACUCUUUUAAUAAAACGUUGCAAACAAACGAACGUGAAUGUCUACUUUUAUAAUAAAUAGAAUAUAGCAAACACGCAGGGCGUGUCGCACAAACUCAUACAUAGCACAAACGUACUCGUGCUGGACGUAAUUUUAACAAAAUGAUUAAAUGCUCAAUAUGGUCACUACUCAAAUUAACACUUGCAAUUGCGUUUUAUGCACCAGAUGCAAUUGAUUGUUACAAAAUAGUUCGUCUGCAGGAUAAUUUGUGCUCGGACAAACUCAUCUAUACGUUGUCCAAGGCCUUCCGCGGCGAUCCAACGUUACGGCUAACCGAUGAGCACGACUCCGCUGCAAUUAUAACGCAAACUUGGAAUAUAUCGCUGCCCAGUGGAGGGCAUUCUGUUAAUAAAAUCAAAUAUGAUUGCCAAUUCCGUGUUCAGACCAAUGAGCGUCCACCGCGUGGUAUUUUCACUAUUAUCACGAAGCUAAAGCUACGUAGCGAUCCGGUGACCAAGAAAUGCAUAGACUAUAUACAGUUAAGCAGUGGAAAUCGCUCGCCCAGCGAACGGAUUUGUAGUGACAUAUCAAUCAAUGGACCUGCAGGUCGUUUAAUGUUCGAUCAGCGAGAUCGCGAUGCUCAUAUUCAUAUUUUUAUUAAUCGCGAUCGGCAUAUAUUAGCGGAGCCACUUGAACUACACAUGGUUCUGACGGCGCAUUCCGAGUGCCAGUUUGCUGGCGAUAUUCUCUGCAAUCCAAAGGAUAAAUACUCAUGCAUAUCGCGUCAUUUUGUGCAAGACAAUAUAACGAAUUGUAUGUAUCCUUGCCGGGAUGAGGGUACCUGCUUUCACGAUGCUAUUCCGCUCGAGGAAAUGGACACAACAAAUGUGGCCCUAUCAGCAAUAACAUCGCUCAUCUUUACUAUGGUGGGCGUCGGUUUUUGUGUGUGGAUCUGUUGGAAGUAUUGGAACUGCAUUACAGUUCAGCAGCACGCCCACGAAGCAUCCGCCGCACGCUUCAAUCAGCGACGUGCCCGGUCCGAUGUGCCCACCAUUGAGUUGCCCUCUGCACCUUCCUACAAUAGUGUGUUGGGCCACGAUAUGUCGCCAGUAUCGCAGGGACGUCAUCAACAGCAGCCGGCCACGCCCAAAGAUCUGCCGCCUAGUUAUGAAUCACUGUUCCCCGAUAGAUAAGGGCUGUCCAAAAUGCAUUAAGCUGAUUGCUCCCGUUUUUGUGCCAGGCAGAUAAGAAUCAAAAGUUGUUGGCGCCAAACUACACACACGAACUCACAUUUAUUGCAGAACAAUUGUUGUAACAGUUCCAUUCCUAAAUAGGUAUUUGUACAAUUACAUUAAAAGUAAUUGUAAUUAAUUACACAUCAUAGGCAAUUAGCAGAGAUAAAUGCAAUGUAUAUAUGCACAUUUGUUCUAGUAAUAGGUCUGAUUUUAUGUUGUCUAUAUUCAAUUAGAAUUAGCCACGAAUAAGAUCUUGGGUAAAUGUGUUCAAGCAAGCUAAACUAAUCAAGUACAACCAACUACGGCAACUCAAUUUAUAAUUAUUAGAUUCCCCUGUUUUAGUUUUAUUU